AUGAAGUGUGGGGGUCAGGUGGGGGUCAGGUGGUGGUUAGGUGGGGGUCAGGUGGGGGUCAGGUGGGGGUCAGGUGGGGGUCAGGUGGGGGUCAGGUGGUGGUCAGGUGGGGGUCAGGUGGUGGUUAGGUGGGGGUCAGGUGGGGGUCAGGUGGGGGUCAGGUGGGGGUCAGGUGGUGGUCAGGUGGGGGUCAGGUGGUGGUUAGGUGGGGGUCAGGUGGUGGUCAGGUGGGGGUCAGGUGGUGGUCAGGUGGGGGUCAGGUGGGGGUCAGGUGGGGGUCAGGUGGGGGUCAGGUGGUGGUUAGGUGGGGGUCAGGUGGGGGUCAGGUGGGGGUCAGGUGGGGGUCAGGUGGUGGUCAGGUGGGGGUCAGGUGGGGGGGUCAGGUGGGGGUCAGGUGGUGGUCAGGUGGGGGUCAGGUGGGGGUCAGGUGGGGGUCAGGUGGGGGUCAGGUGGGGGUCAGGUGGUGGUCAGGUGGUGGUCAGGUGGUGGUUAGGUGGGGGUCAGGUGGGGGUCAGGUGGGGGUCAGGUGGUGGUCAGGUGGUGGUCAGGUGGUGGUCAGGUGGGGGUCAGGUGGUGGUUAGGUGGGGGUCAGGUGGGGGUCAGGUGGUGGUUAGGUGGGGGUCAGGUGGGGGUCAGGUGGUGGUCAGGUGGGGGUCAGGUGGUGGUCAGGUGGGGGUCAGGUGGGGGUCAGGUGGGGGUCAGGUGGGGGUCAGGUGGUGGUUAGGUGGGGGUCAGGUGGGGGUCAGGUGGGGGUCAGGUGGGGGUCAGGUGGUGGUUAGGUGGUGGUUAGGUGGUGGUCAGGUGGUGGUCAGGUGGGGGUCAGGUGGUGGUCAGGUGGGGGUCAGGUGGGGGUCAGGUGGGGGUCAGGUGGGGGUCAGGUGGGGGUCAGGUGGGGUCAGGUGGGGGUCAGGUGGGGGUCAGGUGGGGAUCAGGUGGUGGUUAGGUGGGGGUCAGGUGGGGGUCAGGUGGGGGUCAGGUGGGGGUCAGGUGGGGGUCAGGUGGUGGUUAGGUGGGGAUCAGGUGGUGGUUAGGUGGGGGUCAGGUGGGGGUCAGGUGGGGGUCAGGUGGGGGUCAGGUGGGGGUCAGGUGGGGGUCAGGUGGUGGUCAGGUGGGGGUCAGGUGGGGGUCAGGUGGGGGCAGGUGGUGGUCAGGUGGGGGUCAGGUGGUGGUCAGGUGGGGGUCAGGUGGGGGUCAGGUGGGGGUCAGGUGGGGGUCAGGUGGUGGUUAGGUGGGGGUCAGGUGGGGGUCAGGUGGGGGUCAGGUGGUGGUCAGGUGGGGGUCAGGUGGUGGUUAGGUGGGGGUCAGGUGGGGGUCAGGUGGGGGUCAGGUGGGGGUCAGGUGGGGGUCAGGUGGGGGUCAGGUGGGGGUCAGGUGGUGGUUAGGUGGGGGUCAGGUGGGGGUCAGGUGGGGGUUAGGUGGGGGUCAGGUGGGGGUCAGGUGGUGGUCAGGUGGGGGUCAGGUGGGGGUCAGGUGGUGGUCAGGUGGGGGUCAGGUGGGGGUCAGGUGGUGGUCAGGUGGGGGUCAGGUGGGGGUCAGGUGGGGGUGGCCUGUUUGAUCCGUGUCCCGGCCGAGGUGGUGAAGCAAAGAACCCAGGCCUCUCCGGGGUCCAGCACCCACAACAUGCUGCUGGCUACACUCCGACAAGAGGGUUUCCGAGGCCUGUACAGAGGAUACGGCAGCACCGUCCUGCGAGAGGUAGGAACUGUGUGUCCUACUCUGCUGUGUGUCCUACUCUUCAAACACUUUGGUCUUUCUAUGUUUUUAAGUUGA